GAACAGAACCACUUGUGAAUCAACAAUUUUAACCGUCGAUCUUACAUGGGUUUCGUUCAGUCAAAACGAGGCUGCUGAUAGGCUGACAGUCAGUCUUAUCGACUGGGCCUCGCAGCUGAUGCGCUUUGCUUACGUCGUACCUAUCUUCGCUUCGACUUUGCCUGCUUCUUGCUUGCAUGAUACGCGGCGGGGUCUAUGUAGUACGCGGGCGAAGCUGUUUGUAGAUCACCGGCGAGCGAAACCUCUCACAAUCCUCCGAUCCGAGGAUAGGCUAGAUGCUUAUGGAGCGAUGCAGUGCAUUCUCAGUGGAUUGCGUGACCAGUUUUGCGCUUCUUUCCUGCUACAAAGUGGUCAUAUUGAACUUUGCUUGUUCUUGUUGGACUCAUCCGGCCGUCUUUUCGUUCACCCGGAAUAUCCAUGUACACCCACAUGCUUCCUACCUUUGUGGCUGUGAUCCUGUGAUCAGGGGAAAGGUUUCUCACCCGUCCAUUCCACAACGGUAGAGCAUACGACUCUAGUCGUGUCCCAUAGGUCUGUGCGAGACACUCGGACUAGCUGAUAGCUGUGUAGUCAAGCGGGCAUCGCCUCUGGUGCGUGUUUUUCCUUAAAGUCUAAU